AUGAUGAACAUGAACCAACCUAAAGUGGACAUCAAAUACACCAAGAUGUUCAUCAACAACGAAUGGACGGACGCCGUCAGCAAGAAGACCAUGCCAGUCACGAACCCCAGCACAGGCAAAUCCAUUGCCCAAGUAGCCGAAGGCGACAAGCCUGACAUCGACAAAGCCGUGCAAGCGGCCAAAAUGGCCUUCUCCACCGGCUCCGAAUGGAGGAUGAUGGACGCCUCGAAGAGAGGCCACAUGAUGAUGAAGCUCGCCGAUUUGAUGGAAAGAGACAUCAAAGAGCUGGCAAUGAUGGAAUCCAUGAACAACGGCAAACCCGUGGACAUGGCGAUGAUAGACAUGCAGCUCUCAGUGAAUACCAUGAGGUACUACGCAGGCUGGGCUGAUAAAAUACACGGCGAUACCAUUCCUUCAGACGGUCCGCUGGUCACCAUGACAGUGAAGGAGCCCGUCGGCGUCGUCGGCCAGAUCAUCCCCUGGACCUACCCGGUGCUGAUGCUGGUGUGGAAAUGGGGACCCGCUUUGGCCACCGGCUGCACUAUUGUCAUGAAACCCGCCGAGCAAACGCCCCUCACCGCUCUGAUGAUGGCGGCGCUCGCCAAGGAGGCCGGUUUUCCCAAAGGAGUCAUCAACGUGGUGACCGGAAUGGGACCCACCGCCGGACACGCGCUCGCCAUGCAUCCCGACGUCAUGAAAAUCGCCUUCACCGGCUCCAAUGAAGUUGGACACUUGGUGAUGGAGGCGGCUGCCAAGUCGAACUUGAAGAAAGUGACGCUGGAGUUGGGCGGGAAGAGCCCGAUGGUGGUUUUCGACGAUGUUAACGUCGAUGAGGCCGUGGCGAUGGCUCACAAGGCGGUCUUUAUGAACCAAGGGCAAACUUGCUGCGGCGGCACCAGGACUUUCGUGCACGAGAAAAUCUACGAUGAAUUCGUGAAGAAGGCGACUGAGAUGGCUAAAGCGAGGAAGGUUGGGAACCCGUUCGAUAACGGCGUCCAGCAAGGACCGCAGGUCGACCAAGAAACUUUGGAUAAAAUCACAAAGAUGGUGGAAACCGGUAAGAAAGAGGGAGCCAAAUUGAUGACUGGCGGAAAACGCAUAGGAACUACCGGCUACUUCUUCGAACCGACUGUAUUUGCCGACGUUACUGACAACAUGACCAUCGCUAAAGAGGAGAUCUUCGGACCUGUUCAAGCCAUCAUGAAGUUCAGCAAGAUGGAGGAGGUGAUUCGAAGGGCCAACAUGACGCACUUUGGACUGGCCGCUGGCGUUAUGACCAACGACAUCAACCGCGCCAUGAUGUUUACUCAUUUGGUGAAAGCCGGUACUGUAUGGGUAAAUACUUACAACUAUUUGGUGCCUCAAAUGCCAUUUGGUGGAUAUAAAGAAUCAGGCAUGGGACGCGACUUGGGCAAAGAAUCAUUGGAAGAAUACCUGGAAACUAAAUCGAUCUUGAUCCAGAUGCCGAAGAAAAUGACUGAGAUGAUGAAAAUGAUGACAAUGAACGAGCAUUAG